GCUUCGGUGCGGCCACCAGCUUCGGCACAACAAGCCUCUGCACCCCCCGCGGGUUCGAUGCGGCCAUCAGCAAUCAGCCGCAACUGUCGUAGUGUACCUGAUCUGUGGGAAGCUUCCGAAAACUCCCACGCUCCUCCUAACCAGAGGCCUGGUGGUGCAGCGCCUUGGUAGCCAUAGAAGCAGAAGCCCCCCAGGGACUACGUCCAUCCCUCUGGACAAGGGCCUUUCAGAGACAAGUCGGCUCUCAGUCUUGUCGCGAGUGAGUGGCUCUGCCUGCAUGGUCAUGUAUGGGCCGGGGCGGCGAGGAUGUGAACAUGCCAAUAACCCCGACGCAUGUAACUACAACCACGAUGUCACGACCGAGCAAUUGACUUGGGUCAUCUCAAACCGCAACGUCCACCCAGAUGUGGUAUACGAGAUGAUCCGCAACUUCAAUGCUCACGCACCAGCAGGUGUGGCCCAGCUCACGUACGUGCCGGACCAUGUCAAGCCUGGACUUGGUCCUUUUUUGGCUCCGACACCUCAGCCUGGCGAAGUCAAUGAGACGAGGUUCCCGAAGGUUCAACCUGGACCUUCGGUCGAUCCGCGUCUUCGAUCGCGCCCUCCACCCUCAGCCGACAACGCCUCCACAACACCGAUAAACCCUCCCAAAGGCAAAGUUGUGAUGGGUGCAAGCGCCUGGCUCGGUGAUCCAGUGGCUCUUCAGCAAAAGUUGCGCUACGGAGAUUACAUGGCAGCCGCUUCUGCACCUGUACCUACUCACAGGCCAGAGCUCAAAGAGACCUUCGGUGGAGGCAAGGAGACGGUUCACGCUUCCAUCCCCCGUCCAGCAUCCGAGAUCUCGGAUGAGAAGGAGAAGAAAGUCGCACUGCUUCGACGUCUCGAAAGGGAAACGACACAGGCUGACUCUUCUGAGGAUAAGGAGUAGAUUGUUCCUGUCUCUUCGUU